UUAUCUUUUCUCAACCACAAUUUCUUCGUUCGGCCAAAAUAUGUGCCGCAUCAUUGGCUUCCUAAUUCAUCCAUCUUGAGCAGAACCUCUACAUUUGAGACCGAAACAUUUUCUCAAGCACGGCGAAGAACAAUUCCGAGUUGAUGAUUCAGAGCUUUCAUCAGAUGGCAAGUCUGUUAUCAGUUAAACUCUCUUCCUCCAAUUUUUUACUGUGGAAAUCACAGAUUUAUCCCCUCAUUCGUAGUGCACAUCUUCUUCAUCACAUAGAAGAAGAUGCACCUACAAAAAUGAUUUUAAAAGGAGAUAAGGAGGAAGAAAAUCCAGAAUAUACAAUAUGGAUUAAUAAUGAUGGACUCCUUACCAGCUGGCUCUUAGGAACUAUGGCGGAGGAAGUUCUUGGCUUGGUUAUUGGAUGCAACAAUGUAAGAGAAAUAUGGAAAUGUCUAGAUGAACAUUUCUUUGAUUCUACCAAAGAGAAAGAAAUGCAUCUAAAGAACCAGCUAGCAGUUCUGAAGGGAAAUCAACCUUUAGAUGAAUUUAUUAGAAAAUUCAAACACUCAUGUGAUUGUCUUGCAGCAAUACAACAACCUUUAGAUGAUGUUGAUAAAGUUUUUCAAUUAUCGAGAGUCCUAGGAUCCCGUUAUAGAACUUAUAACUUAGUUGUUCUAUCAAAGCCACCAUAUCCUACCUUUAAUGAAUAUAUCAUGGGGCUGAAAGGAUUUGAACAGCAACUAGCUCUAGAAGAUGAAGAGGAGAAAGCCAAAGCACCAAAUUAUGCUCAAGCCUUCAUUGCCCAAAGAGGAAGAGGAGGUUGUGGCAGGAACAAUGGAGGACACAAUUUCAAUUCAAGAGGAAGAGGAUUUGUUCAAUCUGGAACCUAUAAUAACCAGGGUGGUUGAAACAACAGAAACUUCUUCACAAAUAAUACUCCACAAUCUCA